AUGGCUCUCCAAACACCACUAUGCAAGCUGCUCAAGAUCCAACAUCCAAUUCUCCUCGCCGGCAUGGCUCGUGCCUCCAGCGCACCUCUAGCCGCAGCAGUCUCCAAUGCCGGCGGCCUAGGCACAAUAGGUGGUCUGGGCUACACCCCUGAGCAACUAUCCGAGAUGCUCACAGAGCUCAAAUCUCUCCUCCGGGACCCGUCGCUGCCAUUCGGCGUCGAUCUUGCCCUCCCGCAGGUCGGGGGUGGGGCUCGUGCGACAAAUCACGACUACACACACGGCCAUCUCGACGAGCUGAUCGAAGUGACUAUCUCCCACGGCGCAAGCCUUUUCGUCUCGGCGGUGGGAAUCCCUCCUGCGAAGACAAUCAAGCGCCUCCACGAAGCCGGUAUCUUGAUUAUGAACAUGGUUGGAGCGCCGAAGCAUGCUGAGAAGGCUUUCAAGGCUGGUGUUGAUAUUGUGUGUGCGCAAGGUGGUGAGGGCGGCGGCCACACUGGUGACGUGCCGUUUUCUGUACUCAUUCCUGCCGUGGCGGAUGUGGCGCGACGAUACAAGAGCCCGUUGACUGGAGAGCCGGCGCUGGUCGUGGCCGCUGGAGGUGUUAAUGAUGGACGCAGUUUGGCUGCGUCGUUGAUGUUGGGUGCCGCGGGUGUGUGGGUUGGAACGCGCUUCGUGGCAUCGGAGGAGAGCGGUGCGAGUCGGUUGCACAAGGAGGCUGUGGUGGGAGCUCAGUAUGGCGAGACGAAGAGGACGCUCGUUGUUACUGGGCGACCGCUGCGUAUGCUGCCUAAUGAGUACAUCAAGGAGUGGGAAGGUCGACCGGCUGAUAUCACGGCGCUGACUACCAAGGGUGUUGUGCCGAUGAUGAAUGAUUUGGAGAAUGAUAAAGAUGUCGAUAUGCCAUUCCUCAUGGGUGAUGUUUCGGCGAGUGUCUCGGCGAUCAAACCUGCUGGAGUCAUUGUAAAAGAGAUGGUAGACCAAGCAGUUGAUGUGCUCAGGACCGGAAACUCAUACGUUAAGCGUCCUGAAGGGGGAAGGUCUCUCUUAUGA